GUUAGAGUUCAGUUCAGGGGCGGUGCGUGACGCUUUUUAAGUGAUUUCUGGACAAUACAUGCAUCAAGUGAAGUGAUGAAGUUCGAUUGUUGAUGGAGCUUGAUCGUUCAACCUCUCUCAUGGGAACUCACGAGAACUCGUCAAAACGGCGUUCUGGGCUGCCACGGCCGUCGUCGGCCCUGCCGCGACUCUUCUCGAGUCUCACCCGCUCACGCCAGACGGGGGAUGCGGCGACUCGCCAGUCGACGGCCACGACGCGAUACUCGACAGGAUCAACAUGGUAUACAAUUGAUGGUCAGGUUACUCAAUUCAGCCACAGCCCACCGACGUCGCCCAGAGAUCGAAAUGUUCUUGAAUGUUUUCACAGAAGUAAAGUAAAGGAUAACAGACUUGAAGCUGCGAUCACGAACACUGACCCAUGGGAGCUGAAUAAAUCUCCAGACGCGGCCAUGAAAAGCCCUUCAGGUUGGACCGAAGGACGAAUCGGCUUUCAGAAAUUGAAUUCUUUUUCUCAACAAUUGAAAAUGAUUGUCAGAGAUGAUAUUUAUGAUGACAUUCCUCGAUCAGCUUGGGAUGACUUUCCUCUCGAAUUGAAUUCCGAUUGCAUUGGCAAGAGAGUUUUGGUGGGAGGCAAGAAAAGUGGUUGGCUACGCUAUAUCGGACCCACCGAAUUUGCGGCUGGUCAGUGGUGUGGUAUAGAGCUAGAUGAACGGGAAGGAAGACAUGAUGGGUCUGUUGAAGGGAUUUCCUACUUCAAGUGUCGACCUGGAUAUGGCUUGAUGGCUCCAUCAACCAAGGUUUCAUUAAUUGACUCGUGCGUUGAUAACUAUCAAGAAUUAUUUGUGAAAAGACAGCGUUUGCUGGAAAAUGAGGAGCCCCUUGUUAUAAACAGAAGAAGUGAUCCUACUGGAAGCUCUGUAGGUCAUUCGCAAAUUGAAAAUAACAGGUUGAGUGACUGUUCCGAUUUGCGACUGUCAUCUUUGUCAUCAAGAGACAUUUACAAACCAGAAAACUUUCAUGCCAAUUCCAUGUACUCUAAAGAAAAUUACCACUUAUCUGGCCUCAAGAAACCAUCGAACAUUAAUAUCGGUUCAAAGAAAUCAUUUAGUGGUCGAUUCUCUUAUUUAGACUCAAAAAUAGCGGUGAAUCGUGCCAAUAAUUUUUCACCCGAAGAAGUGACCUACGACGAUUCUUCACUGAGUAUUCUCACGCCAAAUCAAAUGCCCGACUUUACCAACAACUCUGUUCAACCCUCUCCAAUGGACGAAGUUGUUGAUCUCCCUAUGGAUGCAAAUGAUGGAGCAACUGCUAUGAAUUACGAUGAGUUUGAUUUCUCUCUAGACGCAUCUGCAGUUGUCAGUGAACUUCAAAAAUUUAACGAAGAUCUCUGUAGUUCCUCGGGAAGUUCUUCGCCUGCUCAGCAAACCGUGAAUUCACGCGACAAGGAAAAUACAGGUGUGGAAGAAAUUAGAAGCCCGAGUGCACAAGAUAAUAUAUCAUAUAAAAUGCAAGAGAAUAUAGAACUUAGUCAAAACGAAGUAGAAGACAAUAUCAAGCAUCGAACGUCAUCAAUUUGUUCCAAGACCGUAAGCUUUAUCGAUCACCAACAGAAAACGCCAGAGAAUACUCCCAGAGGAGAUGAACAAGUGGAAAAGAACGACAGAUAUAGCAUUCAAGAGCCGAAAAAUGGACAAGAAGCCAGACAUAUACAUAUGCGGUCAAUGCCGGUUUCCAGCGAACAAUCUGCUGGCGCUUCAUCCACCAAUAAACAUGAAUCCAUUCGGUUAAAGUCUGACCAUACUGGAGCAAAGCCCAAGUGUAGAGUGAAUGCUGGAGCCGAUCAUCAAGUCGAUGAUUUGAAUUCGUAUUCUUCUAGUACUGGAGAGAGCAGUGAUUCCUGUCGGUUACCAUCUGGUGUAAAGCAAGUUAUUCCUUCUGCUGCUAAGAUGAUUUUAGCUUCUCGAGGAGCCAAAAACUCUAUUGAAAUUCCUAGAAAUUCUGAGCAUCCUAGUGACGAUCGGCCCUCUGACGGAACGUGGCCACUGAGUGCUAUGACUAUCAGCUCCGUCAGUCUUGAUCCUGGGUAUCAAGGCGACGGCGAGUUUGACGUGCCUUCAGAAAUAGGUUCUGGGAGCGCUGGCACGCCAACCCAAGAUCCACAAGAAUCGAACAUUCACGAAGAAGUAGUGGAUUGUCCGCAUAUUCCAUUAGACUCUUCAUCAGGACUUGCCACUGAAGCUGACAUAAGUUUAGGCGACGAAGAAGAUGACGCAGGUUCCGAGUCCAGCUUUGUAACUAAUAGGACUGCUCGUGUGAUUGAUGGAAAAUUAUAUCACAGUCACGGAGAACUAAUGCUGCGUGCUCAGGAAGGGCAUGUAAGAGGUGCAGAUCAUCAUGCUUCUGAAAUGGAUUCCUCAGGGUUUUACUCAGAUCUUGAUCCCCGCGAAGAAGAGAAUAUCCGAGCAGAUCCUCCGCACUUACAGCCCCUGAAAGAAGCAAAUCACGAUUCGGAUCAAAUGGACGCAGUUGUAGCUUGUGUUCAUGAAAUGCCUAUCCGAGCAGAGAGGUCGUCAGUUAGUCGUUCAAUUCAAGUGGACGUAUUAAUUGAUUUUCCAGUAGAAGACGAAGAGAAGAGCACCACCAGUACUGUCAUGCUUGAGGUAAACAGUUCGGAAAGACUUGAAUCUUCCCCAGCUCCUUCUGAGCAAACUGUGAAGCUCACCAUGUGCGAAAAUAUGCAGAUUUCAGCGAAAGAGUCAGAAAUUACGCAGGUUUUUUCCAGCGUUGUUGAUCCUGAGAAACCUCGGAAUUAUGAAAAACCCUGGUUAUCCAAGCCCGUUAUGAGGAAGCCUGAAGCUCCUAAGAAGAUAAUAGCACCUCCACCUCCCCGCCCCAACAUUAACGUUGAAUCUAAAUUGAAGGCAAUUCUCGCUAGCAUGGAAACACAAAACGAAGAAAAAAAGAUUAAGCAAGUCGUAAAAAAGAACAAAUGGGAUGAAGUAAUGAGUAAAAUUGCCGAAGGUAAGGAAGCUGAUAAGGAACGACCCAAAGUGAAAGAAAUCAAAAGCCGUUUGCUAGAAGGCCUGAAGGCCCCGCAGCAACUGUCUCCUCAGGCUGAGAGGAUCCGCCAAGAGCGACGGGAGCGUCGCGAGAAAAGAGAGCGACAAGCGCUUGCUGCUGCCGCUGCUACACGUCGCAGCGCGCUACGCGUCGAGAAAAAGAGAAGCAGCACCAGCACGCGUGGAAGCAGCCGCACCAGUCGAGCGCCUUCAGAAGACUCGCUCGCCCCUGACGCCGCCAGCAGACCCGACACGCCUGACUCGUCCAGAGAUGUUUCCCUCGCCUCACACCACUCCGGCUCCACGAUAUCUCGAGGCGGACGACCAGGCAGUCAAGCGAUCACGAGCAGCAACAGUCACCCAAGCGACGACUUGUCACGCGCUAAAGAGAAACGUGCGGCUUCUGGCAAAAUCUCCACGUACAAAAGUCGGCAACCAACCUAUCCUGGGGAAAAUUUGGGAGGGCGAGGACCUGUGCACAACCCUGCUAAGCCCGAGCAGACGCUCCCUGCGCUACGACGAUCCGCCGCACCGCGAGCUUCAGACGCUGCGAAGACUUCUCGCGCUCCCAGGACAACACCUGUGGCGUCCGAAGUGCAGCGCCUGGAGGCAGCGCUGACUGCCCGGACCUGCGAGGCGGAGGCGGCGCGGCGUGAGGCUCAGCUGGCCAGGCAAGAGGCGUGCGCUGCGGACAAAGGCUUGCAGGCGCUCACUGUCAUCGUUCACCAUCUCACACAUCAGUAUUACCGUAAACUGGGGUAA